UUCCUCGCUCCUCUCUAACAGAACCACACCUCGGGCAGGGGUUGAGGUUCCCAAGGAAAGUUUCCUCCUCCUUUUCGGGCACAGAGAGCCGGCCGGGGGGGAAGCCCCGGAGAAAGCACCGCUGGGAUCGGGCUGCGAGAAGGGGAAGGUGUGGCCAGCGCAGGGGACCUGAACGGUGACACACAACCCUGAGAGCUGAAGGGGAAAGUGACCUUCCCCCGCUUCCCUUGGGAUUUCCUAGCCGAGACCAACUACACCUGCUCCAUGGAGUGACUCAGAGCUGGGCCUGGGCUGCCAUUUCUCUUGGGUGUAAACCCUCCCAGUUCAAGUGGGAGUGAAGCCGGGGGCCGGAGGAGCCUUGACCACAUCUGGAAGCGGAGCGACCAGAGGGUGAAAAAAAGAAAAACUGGAAGCCUCUGCGAAUAUGAGUGACUUUUGGCACAAGCUCGGCUGCUGCGUAGUAGAGAAACCACAACCGAAAAAGAAAAGGAGGCGAAUUGACCGCACUAUGAUAGGGGAGCCGAUGAAUUUUGUACACCUGACGCACAUCGGAUCAGGUGAUAUGGCAGCUAACGAGGGCCUUCCCAUGACAGGCGCUGUUCAAGAGAUGAGAUCCAAAGGCGGACGGGAGAGACAAUGGAGUAGCUCCAGAGUUUUGUAGCUCUCGCAAUGGAGUGUAGCAACAGAGUGUUCCAGGCUACGUCAACAGCCCACACUUGAAUUGCCUGUUUGCCAGACAGGUGGAAAUACAAAUAUCUAGCGCUUUAUUCACUCGAUAACUUAUGCAAACUGAUCCCAAACUUCAAAUUUUUUUUUACAUGUUUUCUCAGCAUCUAAUAAGUUUUCACUGAAAGUGCAAUGUGGGUUUUUUCUUUUUUUUAAUACUGAAAGUUCCUCUCCUAAUAGCUUCCCCCCCUCCCCCCCCCCCCCCCCCCCGCCAUGUGAAUCCCAGCAGCUUGUGUUUUUGCUGCUGUUGGGUUUUUUUCAGAGCCCUCUAACUCUAUUCCUGACUAUAAGCACAAAAAUAACAGCCAAGCACCAGUCUAUUCGAUAGUCUUUCAGCGCUGCCGUGAAGAACGGAAAGAUUAGCCCAUGAAACUGUCAGAGCAUCGUUUGGUCCCACCUUCGAUGGGAGAGGAAAGGUCACUGCUAAAACAUUGGUCUUCAAGCUGUACCAUUUCCUCUUUGGAAUUUGAUCCAAUUCAGGGGCUGAUGAUCAGGAUUGCUGUCAGAGCAAAACACUCCCUUAACACCAAUGUGUUCGGUUUAACUGGUCUUUAAUAGCACCAGAAGAUAUUCAUGUCAGUGGCGCUACGCAACUUAAUUAGCCGAGCUUUAAGAUGGGAAUAUUCAUGAGUGAUGGAGGGUCUAGUUGUCAGAGAGCGGAACUCCUGACUGCUAGUCCUGCCUCGAACGCAGAUUCCUCUUGCAGCUUGCUCUUAAGUGCUUUCCUGAGUCAACGCCUUAGGCCUACAUUUUAAAAGGUCCCCACUCAUUUUGGGUGCCCAACUUGAAGGCACCUCGGGGGCUGAUUUUCACAGGUGCCAAGCUUCUGGAGUUUGGGGGCGUGGUCCAGCUGAAAAUCAGGCUCUUGGUGUCGCAAGUUGAGCACCCAAAAUUAGUAGACUAUUUUCAAAGGGCUGGCCUCCCUGCCUCAGUUUCCCCAGCUCGUAACAACGUGCCUACCUCACAGGGAUGUUGUGAGGAUUAGCAUUCUGCAAAGAGCUGUUUGUGCUAUAUAACAGGACUAUUAGAAGAAAUGGAUUUACCCAGUGGUCUUGAUACUUCUUCAGGUGCAUGAUGAAAUGCACAACACAGCAAUCAACAGCGUACUUAAAAAGACAUGUUAAUGGCCAAGAUCUUCAGAACUGAAUAGUGAUCUUCAGGGCCUCAGUUUGGAGACACCUUAAUGUGGCUUGAUUUUCAGAAAGCGAGGCGUACCUCUGAAAAACAUCCCUCCUAAAGUCCCAAGUUACUUUUGAACAACUUUGGCCUGCAGCUUUAAGACCUGUCUCGUGCAGUGUGUGGAACAGUUUUCUGUGAAUAGAUCAGUCCUGUAAGAGGUGGUACAUAUAAACUACUGUCAUGGUUGAAAGGGGAUCUUCCUCCAUAUUUCUGUUAGAGAUGUCAGUGUGGUACAUGCGUGGUUUUUUUGUUUUGGUUUUAAGACAGAAAACUAGUUUAGAAGAGUCCUCAGCUAUAUCUCAGCUAUACUGUCCUAAUAAUGCGUAAAUAGACAAUGGCCCCGGAGACAAAUUCCUAAA